CGUUUUGUAGUUGGCGAAAGCAAGAUUCAAAUAUGGCGAGCACGAGUUCGACAACCAUGGCUAAGCCACAAAAAAUUCCCAAAGUUGCAAAGGUGAAAAAUAAAACACCUGCCGAAAUUCAAAUUACUGCAGAACAGCUGUUGAGAGAAGCGAAAGAAAGAGACCUCGAGAUAUUGCCACCGCCUCCCAAGCAAAAAAUAUCCGAUCCCGAAGAACUUGCCGACUACCAGCUUCGUAAGAGAAAGACUUUUGAAGAUAAUAUACGUAAAAAUCGUAUGGUAAUAAGUAAUUGGAUUAAAUAUGCUCAGUGGGAAGAAAGCCAAAAGAAAGUCGAUAGAGCACGAUCAGUUUACGAACGUGCACUCGAUGUGGAUCACAGGAAUGUUACAUUGUGGUUGAAAUAUGCAGAGAUGGAAAUGAGAAAUCGUCAAGUGAAUCAUGCACGAAACAUCUGGGACAGAGCGGUAUCAAUUUUACCAAGAGUUAAUCAGUUUUGGUACAAGUAUACUUAUAUGGAAGAAAUGCUUAGUAACGUGGCUGGAGCACGUCAAGUUUUCGAAAGAUGGAUGGAAUGGGAACCACACGAACAAGCUUGGUUGACUUACAUUAAUUUCGAGUUACGUUACAAAGAAAUCGAAAGAGCUCGACAGAUAUACGAGACAUUUGUAACUGUUCAUCCUGAGAUAAAAAAUUGGAUCAGAUAUGCAAAGUUUGAAGAGAAUCACGGAUAUAUCACCAAUGCUAGAAAGAUAUAUGAACGAGCUGUAGAAUUUUUCGGAGAAGAAUUUAUGGAUGAAAAAUUAUUCAUUGCAUUUGCCAAAUUUGAGGAAAAUCAAAGAGAACAUGAUCGAGUACGCGUCAUAUAUAAAUAUGCUUUAGACCAUAUUCCUAAAGAAAAGGCUCAAGAACUUUUAAAAAAUUAUACCAUCCAUGAAAAGAAAUAUGGAGACAGAGCAGGAAUAGAAGACAUUAUUGUUAGCAAACGGAAAUUUCAGUAUGAAGAGGAAGUCAAGAAUAAUCCGCAAAAUUAUGAUGCCUGGUUCGAUUACUUGAGGCUAAUGGAAAGCGAAGGAAGUGUCGACGCAACGAGAGAAGUGUACGAAAGAGCAAUAGCCAAUGUGCCACCCGUAAAGGAAAAGCGAUACUGGAGACGUUACAUCUACUUGUGGAUAAAUUAUGCAUUGUAUGAAGAGCUCGAUGUUGAAGAUUUCGAAAGGACAAGACAAGUUUAUCAAAUGUGUUUGCAAGUUAUCCCUCACAAAAUAUUCACAUUUGCAAAAAUCUGGCUUUUUGCUGCUCAGUUUGAGAUUAGACAAAAAAGUCUUCCCGCCGCAAGAAAGUUGUUAGGAACUUCCAUAGGAAUGUGUCCUAAAGAUAAACUAUUUCGUGGUUAUAUUGACUUGGAAGUACAGCUGAGAGAAUUUGAUCGAUGUCGGAUACUCUAUCAGAAAUUUCUUGAAUUUGCUCCAGAAAAUUGUACAACUUGGAUGAAAUUUGCAGAAUUGGAAACAAUUUUGGGUGAUAUUGAUCGUGCCAGAGCCAUAUAUGAAAUUGCCAUUAACCAGCCAAGGCUAGACAUGCCAGAAGUUAUCUGGAAAUCAUACAUAGAUUUUGAAAUCGAACAGGAAGAAUAUGACAGAGCACGACAGUUGUACGAACGUCUCCUAGAGCGUACACAACACGUUAAGGUUUGGAUCAGUUAUGCUCAGUUCGAAUUCUCUUGCGGAGGAGAUAAUUCAAUUGCUCAAGCACGUCACAUUUAUGAGCGUGCAAAUAAAGAACUCAGACUUUCUAACGAAAAAGAAGGAAGAUUAAUGUUGUUGGAAGCUUGGAGAGAUUUUGAGAAUGAACACGGAGAUGAUGAAUCCAGAGAGAACAUACAGAAACAAAUUCCAAAGAAAGUGAAGAAGCGACGGAAGAUACAGACCGAAGAUGGAUCGGAUGCGGGAUGGGAGGAAUAUUUCGACUACAUCUUCCCCACGGACGAAGCGGCUCAACCUCACCUACGCUUGCUGGAAAUGGCCAGAAAGUGGAAACAGGAACAGAUAACUCAGGAUAACGAUGAAGAAGAAAAAGAAUCUUAAUUGUUUUGUACAUAGAUUUGUAUAUAUUUUUUUAAUUUUUAAUAAAAAGUAUAUUUAUAUUU